GCGUUACAUAUAAUCAAGGACUCAUUUUGUGUGCGUCAUUCCGUCUCCGGAAGUGCGCCGCCAUUGAAACACCAUCAACCAACGUGAGAUUUUCGUUGCCGCGCCAAAAUAAAUCACGUUUAAUUGUUCAUUGAUCAUCUCUUUUAAUUAUAUCUGAAUAUUAUUGUGAAGAAUGGCGUACAGAGGACAAGGACAGAAGGUUCAGAAGGUUAUGGUGCAGCCCAUUAACCUCAUUUUCAGGUAUCUACAGAAUCGUUCCCGAAUCCAGGUAUGGCUCUACGAACAGGUCAACAUGCGGAUAGAGGGUUGCAUCAUUGGAUUCGAUGAGUACAUGAAUUUGGUUUUGGAUGAUGCAGAGGAGGUCCACAUGAAGACCAAGAACAGGAAGCCCUUGGGACGGGUUAUGUUGAAAGGAGACAACAUCACAUUGCUGCAGAGUGUGGCCACUUGAUCAUCUGUUAGGAGUUCAUCUGGAUAUCACUUGGUUGCUGUUUUACUUUUUCAUUUGUCAAUAUUUCUAUUGUUGACCCGAUGGUGGAAACAUUUGUUUUUCUAAUUUUCCCAAAAUAAACCUUUUCUUUUCUCUA